AAGAGGUAACUCUUGUGUUUCCAGCUCCGGGUCGUCAGUCUCCUUCACAAACAGGCAAAAUGUUGACCCGACUGGCACGGCUCGGGCCCGCUUUGCCCCGGUUACUCUCCGGUCAGCCGGCCCGGUUCGUUUCUCAGUCUAAACCGAGCGGUGCCGCCGGUUCUGCGGCUGUGAAGGAGCUUCACGCCCCGGUGGACCAGGGUGGACACGGCGAGGUCGACCCGUACGUCAAGAAUCCAGACUACCAUGGCUUCUCCAGCGACCCUCAUGUGGAUUUAUGGAACAUGAGAGCAGUCUUCUUCUGUGGUAUCUCAGUGGCUCUCGUUAUCGGAGGAACAUUUCUUGCCUACUUACCAGACAACAGACAUUGGGCCAGGAGGGAGGCAGAGCGUCUGAUCGUGCAGAGAGAGGCCGAGGGUCUCCCUGUUAUUAGCGAGAACUACUACGACCCAAGCAAAAUCAUCCUGCCCAGUGCUGAAGAGAAGUAGAGUCCUGUCUGCACUCACUGUAUUCAUAAUUAUUGUAUUUCACUAUGAGAGAAUAAAUGAUGUACUUGUUUAAUUGUUCAA